AUGGCCAUCUCAAACGAAGUCCCCCAGACCGUUCAAUGGAAUGGCCAAAUUGUGCCCGUCUACCCAAUGGAGACCAUCAGCUUCGAGCGACUGCUGUCUCAGGAGCCUGAGGAACUCGAAAGGCUGGUACAAUGUUGCGAAACGGAAGGCUUCUUUUACAUCGACCUGAAAGGGAUCGAUGGCCGCAGAUUUCUCGAGGACCAACAGAAGACGCUGGAACUUAUGCACAAAUUCUUUGAGUCCCCAAUUGAAGCAAAGAACCAAUAUGGCCUUAUCUCGCCCCAUCUCGGUUACGAGCCGGUCGGUUCACGCACCGGGGUAUUGAAGGACACGAAGGAUGGAUACGAAAUGAUCAAGGUUGCUCGAGACGAAAUCCAGAAAUCCAGUCCACACAUCCCCAGCGUCAUUAAGAACAGCCCAGAUAUCAAAGUACUCGACAAUGCGAUUGCAGGCUGCAAUAUCAUUACGAAAACCAUAUUGUCCUCUCUCUCCACUGGAUUGGGACUUACUGGAGCAGCUAGAUUCGAGAACACUCAUCGCAACGACCGCCCAUCAACAACUACAUUGGCCAUGAUGCAUUACAUCCCCUCCGAUCCCACGGUGGACAAAAAAAUCGGACACCAGAAGCAUACCGAUAUUAGCUCACUUACGCUGCUGUUCAGCGAACAGUGGGGCCUGCAAAUUCGGCCUCCAAAGGCUCGCGAGUUUGGAUUCGUACAGCCAAAGGAUGGCUGCGCCAUUGUCAACGUGGGUGACUCGCUGCGUUUUGCCAGCGGCCACAAAAUGCAGUCGUGCAUCCACAGGGUUGUGCCAUAUGACUACACGGAGCAUCGUUACUCUAUUGCAUAUUUCCUUAGAGCUGAGGACGACACCAUGUUCACCGACAGCGAGGGCAGGUACAUCACAGCUGGCCAAUGGCACGACGAGAAGUUCUUCGCAUUCACCAACCCCCCAGAGCUACAGGCUCUGGCUCCACCUUCCAUGAUUCUGGGCGGUAUGGAGGAAUAUGAUGAUGAGCAGCCUAAUCAGGAUAAUGUCGUAGCAAACGGUGUGAAUUCUACCAAGGAAAUAGCCAUCGAGGCAUAG